AUGAAAAGAGAUUGGGGCUAUUUGCUGAAGGGUCUAGCAUGCGAGGGAGAGGUUACCGGUGGUAGGCAUGUAAGGCGGAAAGCCUAUGUGAUAGGGAGAUGCUAUUGCUUGGAGCGUGAAGUAAAGGUUGUGGUAAGUGAGGGUCGCUAUUUAGGUAUGCUUGGUAUAGGGGUCAUUAGAGCUAUGAAGGGAGUCUUGGAGCUGCGAUGGUUGCGUGAGAAACUACCAAAAGCUGGAGCUGGUGCACCUGGGAGAGGGUUGUUGGUGGACUCGCUUAAGGAAAUUGAUGGAGGCCGACACUUAAGGAGGGAAGGUUAUCGAAAGAAGUGUGAAGAGGAUGUGGUGAUUUAUGGGGAGGCUCUGUUAGAGGUCGCUACGAAAGAAGGUUUCGAGUGA